GAUGAGGAGGGAGCUUCCAUCUUCUCUCUGCUUCUUCAUCCUCCUUUUAAGAGCAAUUUAGACGUAGACUCGGAGCACAUCCGCGCACCUAAUUCUACAUUAGCUCUACUCCUCUGACGCGCGACUACUUUUCGUGUGCUUAGCUGGAUAUUCCCCCCAAAGUCUUAUUUAGUCGUUUUUUCCUCGUUUUUUUUUUUUUUAAACGGAAGGGUGGUUUGUUUUGUUGCUCGUUUUUUUUCCUCCCUUUUGCACUCUCAUAACGGAGAGGUCUCUUCCACCGCCGCGGAUGAUUAUGAUGAUGGUGGCGGGGGGCGAGAAAAGAAGCAAAUAUUGCGCUUUUUAUUCCUGAGCGCGCACACGCGUGACAUUUUCACGGGGAAUGGCAGCACGUGACGGAACCACCAGCAGUACCAGCACCACCAGAGCCACAUUCUCGCACUUUUCCCCGGCAAACUGGACCUUUUAAAACACGUCUUGUCUACCUGCUCAUCACAAAAAAACCCCCAAGAACCCCCCCCCCCCCCCAAAAAAAAAACGAAAAAAACGCUUAGCCCCGCGCGCCGGUGAUGGUAGCGAGACAGCCGCGGUCGAGCUCACGCGCAUUUCGAGACGUUUUUGCCACUGAGCCGUUUUACGCACAUUGUCAACUUCAACGUUUUGUGUAGGAUCAUGUCGCGCCGCAAGCAAGCGAAGCCAAGAUCCCUCAAAGUAGAAGACAAUGUGACAGAGGAGCUUCAGCCGCACAGUCCCGGGCACACCGCCAUUCCAAGCGAUCCAGAGUGCGCCCCAGAGAGGGCGUCGGAGGACGCGGAGAGCGGGCGUCUGAGGAAGAAGAGGCUGCUCUCUCCCGAGGAAGUCGAGGAGGGAGAGGAGGAAGACGAGGAGCCGGCACUGCACAGCUGCGACAGCUGCCGGCAGGUGUUCGAGUCGCUGAGCGAUCUCACCGAACACAAGAUUAAUCAAUGCCAGCUGACAGACGUUGCAGACAUCGAGGACGACCCGUCAUGUUCUUGGCCGGCGUCAUCUCCCUCCAGUAAGGAUCAGACGUCUCCGGGCCACUGUGAGGACUAUGAUUUCGGAGAGGACGAAGGAGGACCAGGCCUGCCGUACCCGUGCCAAUUCUGCAACAAGUCUUUCAGCCGCCUAAGCUUCCUCAAACGUCACGAGCAGAGCCACGGCGACAAGCUUCCCUUCAGCUGCACCUUCUGCAGCCGUCUGUUCAAGCACAAGCGCAGCCGCGACCGGCACGUCAAGCUGCACACCGGUGACAAGAAGUACCACUGCGGCGAAUGCGACUCGGCCUUCUCCCGCAGCGACCACCUGAAAAUCCACAUGAAAACUCACGCCUCCAAUAAACCACACAAGUGCCCCGUGUGCCGGCGAGGCUUCCUCUCCUCCAGCUCCCUGCACGGCCACAUGCAAGUGCACGAAAGGGGCAAAGAGGGCGGCGGCACGAGCCUCGGUAGAGUUGACGACUGGAAGCUGAAAGAGACGCGCAAGUGCAGCCGUUGUGAGGAAGGCUUCGAUGUCCCGGAAGACCUUCAAAGGCACAUAGCCGAGUGCCACCCUGAGUGCUCCCCAUCGGAGGACGGAGGGCUGGGUGCCACCCUUCAAUGCAUCUACUGCCAUGAGCCCUUCAGCGACGAAGGUGCCCUGCUGACCCACAUCGACCAGGCCCACAGCCGGGACCGGAAGAGCCACUCGUGUGCUAUUUGCUCCGAGCACUUUUUGUCUGUUGAAGACCUCUACGCUCACAUGGACAUCCACCAGCUCCCUGAAUCUAGUAACCAUAGUAACAGCCCUUCCUUGCUGACUGUGGGCUACACUUCGGUCUCGAGCACCACUCCCGACUCUAACCUCUCUGUCGACAGUUCAACAAUGGUGGAAACAGCGCCGCCAGUCCCCAAGACUCGGGGCAGGAGGAAGAGGGCUGCUCAUAACGCAUCGGACAUUGGGGGUCGAGCUGCCAAGCAGCCGAAGGUUUCUUACAGUUGCACGUACUGCAACAAGCAAGUGUUCUCCAGUUUAGCUGUGCUUCAGAUUCACCUACGGACCAUGCAUCUCGACAAGCCGGAGCAGGCUCACACGUGCCAGUUUUGCUUGGAGGUCCUGCCCUCUUUAUUAAAUCUUAAUGAACAUCUGAAGCAGGUCCACAAUGCCGAAGGCCACGCAGCCCUGCUCACCGGCUUUUCGGAUUCUCUCCUUCAGUGCAACUUCUGUCCCGAGAUCCUGAAUGAUCUCAACGCCCUGCAGGAGCAUAUCCGCUGUUCCCAUGGCUUUCCGAGUCCUGUGGCCAAGGAGAGCAACGCCUUCUUCUGUCCCCAGUGCUUCAUGGGUUUCUUGACAGAGACGACCUUGGAAGAGCAUGUUCGUCAGACUCACUGUGAUGGGGGUAGCCUGCGUUUCGACUCUCCUUUGGCUGUCACCCCCAAGGAGCCCAUUGUAGAGGUAUACUCCUGCUCGUACUGCACAAAUUCACCCAUAUUCAACAGUGUUCUGAAGCUCAACAAGCACAUCAAGGAGAAUCACAAGAACAUUCCCCUUGCACUCAACUACAUCAAUAAUGGAAAGAAGACGUUGCACGCUCUCAGCCCCUCGUCUCCAAUAACGGUAGAACAAGCGUCCGUGCUCAAGCAAGGCGCCUCGGCCACACGCUCUUCCGGCGAGUUCAUAUGUAACCAGUGCGGGGCUAAGUAUACCAACUUAGAUCUUUUCCAGACUCAUCUGAAGACUCACCUGGACGGCCUGCAGCCUCAACUCACCUGCCCGCAGUGCAACAAAGAGUUCCCAAACCAAGAGUCCCUCUUGAAGCAUGUCACCAUUCACUUCACAAUCACCUCCACGUAUUACAUCUGCGAGAGUUGUGACAAGCAGUUCACGUCCGUGGAUGACCUGCAGAAGCACCUGCUGGACAUGCACACCUUUGUAUUCUUUCGUUGCACUCUGUGCCAGGAGGUGUUUGACUCCAAGGUGUCUACUCAGCUCCACUUGGCCGUGAAGCACAGCAAUGAGAAGAAGGUGUACCGCUGCACCUCCUGCAACUGGGACUUCAGGCACGAGACCGACCUGCAGUUGCACGUCAAACACAGCCACCUGGAAAACCAAGGCCGAUCCCAUCGUUGCAUCUUCUGCGGGGAGUCAUUCGGGACGGAGGUGGAGCUGCAGUGUCACAUCACCACCCACAGCAAGAAGUACAACUGCCGCUUCUGCAGCAAGGCCUUCCAUGCCAUUGUGUUGCUGGAGAAACAUUUGCGGGAAAAACACUGCGUGUUUGAGGGAAAGGCGCAGAACUGCCGCGCUAACGGCUCUGCUGUCGGCGGGGCGGACGCCCAUCCCAAAGACGAAGCGGAAUUGCAAAGUCUCUUAACCAACAGCCACGGUACAGGGACCGCAGGAGGAUCUGCGGUGGAGUCCCAGAACAGUCACGACGGAAGCGAGGAAGAAGUGGAGACUGCCGACCCCAUGUAUAGCUGUGACAUCUGUGGGGCCUCUUACACAAUGGAGUCCCUUCUAACGAACCACCAGCUGAGGGACCACAACAUUCGCCCCGGUGAGAGCGCCAUGAUGAAAAGGAAAGCUGAAAUGAUCAAAGGAAACCACAAGUGCAACGUAUGCUCUCGCACCUUCUUCUCUGAGGCCGGUCUAAGGGAACAUAUGCAGACCCACCUUGGGCCCGUCAAGCACUACAUGUGUCCCAUCUGCGGCGAGCGUUUCCCCUCUCUGCUCACCCUGACUGAACACAAGGUCACGCACAGCAAAAGUCUCGACACGGGCAGCUGCCGCAUCUGUAAGAUGCCUCUCCAUAGUGAGGAGGACUUCCUAGAGCACUGUCAGAUGCACCCUGACCUGAGGAAUUCCUUGACGGGUUUCCGAUGCGUGGUAUGCAUGCAGACGGUCACCUCCACGUUGGAGCUCAAGAUCCACGGGACCUUCCACAUGCAAAAAACCGGCACCAUGUCGGCAAACCAAUCCACUGGGCGCGGCAACGCCAUCGCUCACAACCAGCAGCUACAUCACGUCCAAAAGCCUUUCAAGUGCGCCUCCUGCUUGAAAGAUUUCCGUUCAAAGCAGGACCUGGUUAAACUGGACAUCAACGGCCUGCCCUAUGGACUCUGUGCAUCAUGUGUGGCCAACGCCGGUUCCAAGAGCUCCAGCCCAACAAUGAAUGGGGGCAGACAACAGCAGCAACAGGGGGGCGCCACCACUCCGGCGCCCAACGCGGCUCAAUGGAUCCAAGGAGAGAGUCUCAGCCCAGGCGAGGGCAAAGGCAAAGCCGUCUCCUCGUCGUCCUCGUCCUCUUCAGCAUCCUCAACGGCGGUCGCAAAGACACGAUGCUCAAGCUGCAACGUGAAGUUUGAGUCUGAGGUCGAAUUGCAUAACCAUGUCCAGACGGUACACGCAGGGGACAGCGGCGGCGGACAGCUAAAGACGCCCCAGAUGUCCCCGAUGCCCAGAUCCAGUCCAUCACAAGCUGAAGAGAAGAAGACGUACCAGUGCAUCAAAUGUCAGAUGGUAUUCUACAGUGAGUGGGACAUCCAAGUUCAUGUGGCCAACCAUAUGCUCGGCCGAGUGCCAGCCCGGAUUGCUGGCUGGCUGUGGCAAGGUCAACGGCGGAGGAAAAACCAGUUACUGUGUUACUCUGGAGCGGAAUGGAGAGAGGGGCGGCCAUCUGUCAGCUCGGGUCUGCCAUACCCGCAGAGCAAAUGGACACGGGCGACCAGAGGAGAGGCCGCAGACACCCAUAGAGCCGAACCCAAGGAGGGCUUGAACCACGAAUGCAAACUCUGCAGUCAGUCGUUCGACUCGCCGGCCAAGCUUCAGUGCCAUCUGAUCGAGCACAGCUUCGAGGGGAUGGGUGGAACCUUCAAGUGUCCUGUCUGCUUCACAGUGUUCGUGCAGGCCAACAAGCUUCAGCAGCACAUCUUCUCCGCUCACGGCCAAGAGGAUAAAAUCUACGACUGCUCGCAGUGUCCUCAGAAGUUCUUUUUCCAGACGGAAUUACAGAACCACACGUUGACUCAGCACACCAGCUAACCCGGCCCUGCCGAGCACCGCCGACGACCAAAUGGGGAACGUGACGCGGAGAAUACAGCCCGAGCGCCAAUUAUGGCCAGUGCACCGUCCCGCUCGUUGUCUCGCUUAAAGAAUUCAGCUGCGUGACGAGGAAGCGACGCCACUGCGGGGAAGAGAGAGAAUAAAAAAUGAAAAGUGAGAAAAUAUGAGCGGGGACUUUAUGGGGAGGGCCACGAAAUGACAUUGCCCAUUGUUUACUUGUGCUUGUACAUAGACUUCUUCAUGUGUUGCUUAACUACAACUAUCUUGCAAUCUUAUACAGUAUUUGCCAAUGUACAGUUUAACAUGUUUGUCUGUAAAAAAAAAAAAAAAAAAAAAGAAAGAAAAAGUAUGUCAAUCAGCUUCAAUUGGGCUUCAAAAAGGAGAAAAGGGUUCAGCGAAAUGUCGCUCCGCAUCCCGCGUCAGUCAUGAGGAUGAGGAGAAGACAGCGUCUUCUUAAGAAACAAAGCGGGACAUUAUCCUGACAUAUGCAAAUGCAGAGACUCACAUUUGGGGAAGGUGAAGUCCUCUCGGCCGUGGUGGACUGCUGAACAGAAGCGUGAAAAAAAUUCCCACGUGGCUCCAAGAGCAUGGGGAAGUCUCCAGCCCGCUGACUCAACCUGUACAUUUUUAUUCUUGAUGUUUACUGCUCAUUGAAGCCUGGAGAUGACUGGAAUUUUUUUUUUUUAAUGUUUUCUUAUCUCAACUUUUUUGUUCACCUAGGGAGCAAGAAUCAAUUGAAAUUCUGUGCUUAUGACAAGAAAAAUAGUUUCAUCCUGUAUUGGGGAUGUACUCUACUUCGACCCUGGCCCUCCUGGAGAGUGGCCAACAUCGUCCCCCCCCCCCCACUGUCUUCUUUGCAGUGUUUCAUUGCCCUCCGCUCCAGCUGGAAGCCGCCGUGGCAACACACUUUAAAAAACGACAACAACAACAACAACAUUCGGUUGUGUAGAUGUUUUGCAUUCAUUGAACUGAGAUGCACUUUUAUAUGAAACUUUAAUGUUUUGACAUUUUGACUCAAGAAUCGUUCGUACGCCGUUUACAGGAAAUCUCCAGCUAAAUCCCCCCGCAGCAAGAGGACAGUUAUUGCCAAUGUUACUCAAAAGUAUUGUACAAAUAUGGAGCUCUGUAUUUCAGCAGAGCUCAUUUUUUUUGUGUUGCACAUGUGAUGGAAAUAUUAAAAAGUAUGAGGAAAA